AUGUCUGCGCUGACCCGUUUGGCACCUUUCAGUCGCGUUAGAGGCCGCCUGCUCCGGGGCUGCCGCGCGCGGGCAGCUGGAGACCGUGGAGUCGGUCAUGCUGGCGGUGGUGUACACAUUCAGCCCCGGGACAGGGAGUUUCCCCAUCUUACUCAGUCCCAGGUUAUCCAUGGUGAGGUCUUAAGCUCACUCAUGUGGUUGUGGAUUCUUUGGCGAUUUUGGCAUGACUCGGUUGCUGUGCUGGGUCACUUUUCACAUCCAGAUCCAUCACAGUGGACAGAUGAAGAAUCGGGGAUCCCUCCCGACCACGAGGACUGA